AAAAGGUAGCUUCUGUCAAGGAACCCAAGGGUAAGGAGGUAGUUUGCUAUUUGUGUAAAGAAAAGGUUUUCGUCAAUAAGUGUGCUGCGAAAAAGUAUCUUGGAUUGAGAUGGGCCCAGUCAGGAAGUAGUUGA